AGCUGCGUUCAUUUAACCAGCGGACAGCAAAGCGCGCGCAUGCGCAGAAGCUGUCGAAUUUCAACUGAUUGCAAGAAAAAACAAAAACAAAAACAAAAACAAAAUAGCGAAAAAACUAUAGUAGAAAUAUCGAAAACAAUAUAGAGCUCUGGUGUAUCGAAUAAGGAGAGCAACGCGCCCAUUGCUUACACAUAACAUUGAAGAUGCGAUUGGCACAUUUGCUGAUAUUUUGUUUGGGCCUGGAAUGCUGCCGCUGCCAGAUGCUGGUCGAUCUUGUGCGGGAUUUCGAGACAUCGCUGCUGAACACACGGAUACCGGACACCACAUCCUUUCUGCCGGAAUAUGACUUCAUCAUUGUUGGCGCCGGCUCGGCGGGCUGUGUGCUGGCCAAUCGACUGAGUGAGAUUAGCACGGCUCGCGUCCUGCUGCUGGAGGCCGGCGACCAGGAGACAUUCAUCAGCGAUGUGCCGCUGACGGCAGCAUUGACCCAAACGACGCGCUACAACUGGGGCUACAAGGCGGACGCCACACCCAACGCCUGCCAGGGUCUGCGCAACGGAGUCUGCAACUGGCCAAAGGGACGCGGCAUCGGUGGCACUUCACUGAUCAACUUUAUGCUGUAUACCCGUGGACAUCGCCGCGAUUACGAUGGCUGGGCGGCGGCCAAUAAUACGGGCUGGUCUUAUGCGGAGGUGUUGCCAUACUUUAAGAAGUCCGAGCGUAUUGGCAUUCCCGAUCUGUACAAGUCGCCGUAUCAUGGACGGAACGGAGUGCUGGAUGUGCAGUAUACGGACUACAAGUCGCGACCGUUGAAGGCCUUCCUCAAGUCGAGUCGCGAACUGGGCUACGACAUAACGGACACGAAUGGGGAGCAGCUGAUGGGCUUUGCCCGGGCCCAGGCAACCAUACGGCAGGGCAGACGCUGUAGCACCAGCAAGGCCUUCAUUCAGCCGGUGCUGCAGCGACGCAAUCUGCACAUAUCGAUGAAGAGCUGGGUGACUAAGUUGCUCAUUGAUCCCAGCACCAAGGUGGCGGUCGGAGUGGAGUUCACCAAGCAGCGCCAGCGUUUCGUGGUGCGUGCCAGCAAGGAGGUCAUCCUAUCUGCAGGUGCCAUUGCCAGUCCGCAGUUGUUGCUGCUUUCGGGCGUGGGUCCGCGUGCUCAUCUGGAGGAGCACAGCAUUGAUGUGAUGCAGGACCUGCCCGUUGGCUACAAUCUGCAGGAUCAUGUUACACUGAACGGACUGGUGUUUAUGGUAAAUGAUUCCACAGUGAACGAUGCACGUCUGCUCAAUCCCACGGACAUCUUUCGCUACAUCUUUGCCGGCCAGGGACCUUAUACUAUUCCAGGAGGUGCCGAAGCAUUUGCCUUUGUGCGCACUCCAAGUUCCAGCUUUGCUAAGGACUAUGCAGAUAUGGAGCUUGUGUUGGGCGCUGGCUCUCUCAGCGGCGAUCGCUUUGGCACUCUGCGGGACUUACUCGGCAUCACGGAUGAGUUCUAUCAGAAAAUGUAUGGAGACAUGCAGCACAAGGAAACCUUUGGACUGGUCCCGGUGCUGCUCCGGCCAAAGAGUACGGGUCGCAUCUCGCUGCGCACUCGCAAUCCCUUCCACUGGCCACGCAUGGAAUCCAACUUUAUGCAGCAUCCGGACGAUGUCCGCGCCAUGAUCGAGGGCAUUGAGAUGAUUCUGCAGCUGGCACGCACCAAGUCGAUGAAGAAGAUUGGCACGCGGUUCCAUGCGCGUCCUUUUCCCGGCUGUGAGCACCUGAUCUUUGCCAGCAAUGACUAUUGGCGCUGUUGUCUGCGCCUUUAUGGCUCCAGUUUGCAGCAUCAGUCGGGCACCUGCAAGAUGGGUCCCUCUACGGAUGCUACGGCUGUUGUUGAUCCGGAGCUGAGAGUUCAUGGCAUUCAACAUCUGCGCGUGGCAGAUGCUUCUAUUAUGCCACAUGUGCCGGCUGGUCACACGAAUGCCAUUGUCAUCAUGAUUGCCGAGAAGGCGGCGGAUAUGAUCAAGAAUGCGUGGCGAAUGAGAAUAACCCCAGCAGACUCCUAAGCGAGGAGUGCAUUAAUAUUAGUAUUUGAUAUUUAUUCUUUAGUUUUGUAGGAGUCAUUAGCUUAAGUGGUGCACAGUUAUUAUAUGUGUUAUAUGUUAGGAAACACUAUGCUUUAACAAUCUUCAGUCAGCCAAUUAAUAUGGCCAUAUCAUGUGACUCACUAUUUCAAAAGUUUAUACAAAGCCUUGCCCAAAAAUUAUUUUACUUUAU